AUAUAAUACAUAAAAAAGGAAGAUCGGCGCUCCUCACCUUCUCUCUCUCUCUCUCUCUCUCUCUCUCUCCCAAAAAUCCGCGGUCUCUUGUUUCUCAAAACAAAAACAGAAGGAAAUUUUGUUUCAGAAAAAAAUACUCUCUCUCUCUCUCUCCUUUCUUCUCGCUCUCUCUCUUCCCUCAGCAAUUCGCAAUACACUACUUCUGCAUAUACCUCCGAAAGUUAGGGUUUCUUUUCUCAAAGCAUUUGACGCACCUGCAGAAAAAAAAGGUGAUAUGUACCGAACAAUCAAUCUCAAUCUCUUUAGGUCACUUUUGUUUUGCGAUUUCUUGUGCUUUGAUCUGAAAUUAGGGUUUGGUUCUGUUUCCGUAACUAUCGAAUGAAUAGGUUUAUUAAGUAGUUAAGAAGAUGGUUUUAGGAGUGAUGGUGAUGAGUGUUUAGGGUUAGUGGGUUAAGAUGACAGAUAUUCAGCCACAGUUGCAGCAGAAGCCCGAAAGCGCGACCGAUGCCCAAAUUGAAUUCGAGCGGGGAUUGGAGGAAUUUAUGCGCGGACACUUGGAUGAUUGCAUGUCAUUUGCCUCGUGUAGCUCUCCGCGAAACACUGAGGAUGAGGAUGAAGAGGGUGAUCAGCUUGUUAGGAGGAGGAGGAGGUCAGAUCUCGAGGGAGAUGAUCUUGCCGAGUCUUCUGCAGCUAGGAGGCGCCACUCGAGGAUUUUGAGCAGAUGGGCAGCGAGGCAGGCACAGGAGAUGAUUACCACAAUGGAGAGGAGGAAUAGAGAGUCGGAGUUGAUGGCACUCGCGGGUCUUCAUACGGUUUCAAUGCUUGAUUCAUCCUUCUUGAGGGAGUCCCAGUCUCCCACUUCAAGGCGGCAGAGUGGUGGUAAUGUUGAGAGACUGAACACCCAUGCAUCCUCCAUUUUGCAGAUGUGGAGGGAGUUGGAGGAUGAGCAUGUGAUAAAUCGGGCUAGGGAGAGGGUGAGAGAGAGGCUGAGGCAGCAGAGGAGUGUCAAUUCUAAUACUACAAAUAUGUCUGAAAUUCGUGGAAGUGAGCAUCAGGGUAGUUUGGAGGAUGCAAGUGAGAGCGAGAAUGAGUUUGGAAAUUGGUCCCAUGAUCAAAUGGGGACGCGUAAUGUUGAACAUGGAGACCGUGAUGGUUCUAGCCGCGAGCCAUCGCCUGACCUUGGCGACGUUGAAAGGGAGAGGGUGAGGCAAAUUGUAAGGGGAUGGAUGGAGAGUGGCAUCACUGAUCAUGCUUCUACCAAUAAUAAUGUGGCACAGAGGAGCAGUAGUCCAAGAGCAGAGUGGCUUGGUGAAACUGAACGUGAAAGGGUGAGGAUUGUGAGGGAGUGGGUGCAAAUGAAUAGCCAACAGAGAGGAGGUCGUGCUGGGCGAAGGGAUGAACAAGCUUCUGACCAAGUUCGCGAAGGUGUAGUUGUUGAUGAUGAGGGCCCGCCGGAGCAUGUUCGCAGGGACAUGCUGAGGUUACGUGGAAGGCAAGCUCUGGUUGACUUGCUUGUGAGGAUUGAGAGAGAAAGACAGGGGGAACUUCAGGGUUUGUUGGAGCAUCGAGCUGUUUCGGAAUUUGCUCAUCGCAACCGCAUUCAGUCAUUACUCAGAGGUAGAUUCUUGCGAAAUGAAAGGCCUGCUGAAAAUGAGAGACCACCUUCUAUGGCAGUCGGUGAAUUGGUUCAGUUAAGAAAUCGACAUACUGUUUCUGGUUUGAGGGAAGGGUUUCGCUUCAGAUUAGAAAAUAUUGUUCGGGGUCAAGUAGGGGGCAAUUCCGAUACCCCAUCUCAUAAUAAUACUACUGAUUCGAGAAAUGAGCACAUCCAUAUAAUCACUCCUCAGGAGGUACAACAUGAAAACCAUGGGCAGUCACAACCUAGGAGUCAGGGAAAUGACAUCCAGCGAUUGUCCGAUACUACCAUGGGUAAUUCUGAGGCUGUUGAGAGCAUUAAUUGGGAAGCAAAUGUUAACCACGAAGAAGAUUGGCAGGGACAAGGUACUGAAGAUGAGAGAGGAAACUGGCAGCAGGCUGCAUAUGAUCCAUCAAAUGAAUGGAGAGAUGGCAUGGAGGAGGGAGAUGGAAAUUGGCAGGAAAAUCAAGUAAAUGAAUGGACACGGGAAUCUGGGGGGAAUGAAGGGGUAGAAGAAGAUCAUCCACAAGAAACCCAUGAGGGUUGGCAUGAAAAUGGUGCGAGGGAAGCCAUGGGAAAUUGGUCUGAAGCACCUUCUGACCCUCCGAGAAUGCGUCGUUUCAUCCCAGUGAGAAGAGUCAAUAGAUUCCACCCUCCUGAUGAUGAUAAUGUAUACAGUAUGGAACUCAGGGAACUUUUAAGCAGGAGAAGUGUUUCUAAUCUUCUUCGUAGUGGUUUCCGUGAGAGUCUGGACCAGUUAAUUCAGUCAUAUGUGGAAAGGCAAGCUCGUGCUCCUAUUGACUGGGACCGACACAGGAACUUGCCCACGCCAACUCCUGCUUCACCAGUGCGGGACCAGGAGCAACAGAGGGAUGGACUGAAUGGGGAUCAGAAUGAUGCUAUGGGCAGACCGUCGCUGGUCCUACCAUCUCCUCCAGUGCCCCCUCCCCAGCCACUCUGGCAUCAUGAUUUACAUCAUCCUAGUUGGCCUCGACAUAGCAUCCAUCGUUCAGAAUUUGAGUGGGAAAUGAUUAAUGAUCUAAGAGCAGACAUGGCAAGGCUUCAACAGGGCAUGAACCAUAUGCAGAGGAUGUUGGAGGCUUGCAUGGACAUGCAAUUGGAGUUGCAACGAUCCGUCAGACAGGAGGUCUCUGCAGCUCUUAAUCGGUCUUCUGGUGGACAGGGUAUGGCGGAGACAUCAGAGGACGGAUCUAAAUGGAGCCAUGUUAGGAAGGGAACUUGCUGUGUUUGUUGUGAUAGUCAAAUUGAUUCGCUUUUGUACAGAUGUGGUCACAUGUGCACUUGCUCGAGAUGUGCCAAUGAGUUGGUUCGCGGCGGAGGGAAGUGUCCGCUUUGCAGGGCACCAAUUGUUGAGGUUGUCCGUGCUUACUCCAUACAGUAAUAUGUAAAGCUAAAAGAAAAGGAAUAAAAUAUUGACAAGGAUGAAUGAAAAUAUUUGGGCGAGUUCUUCUUAUCUAUGCCGUAUAUAUCAUGGAAGCUCCUCAUGUUCUUAUUUAGAGUGUUUUAGUUUGCCAAUGUUUUUCUGAUUAUAUAUUCUGAAUACAUUUGCAUUGUAUAAUUGGAAUGACAAAUGGCACCAUUUUGAUUCUUCAUUCGUUCGUAAAUAAAAUGCCACUGCAAAUUCUUUUUUUGUU